UGGAGCAAGGGGCUUCGCGGCUCUGGCGAGAUUAUUGGGUGUGCGGAUACUGGGGUGGACUAUGACAGCUGUUUCUUCCGGGAUUCCACGGAGCAGGUCAAGACUUGCCAGGGCCCGGGAGCUCUUGAGAACUGCGUGAACAUGAACCAUAGAAAGAUCGUGUCCUACCGCUUCUUCACCAACAGCUCCACCGACGUGUCCGACAAAGUAGGUGGCCAUGGUACUCACGUGGCUGGCUCGAUCCUUGGAAACUCCCUCUCGAACUCAACUGGCCCCUACAAUGGUGCAGCACCAGAUGCAAAGCUAAGCUUCGACGACGUCUCCAACGACAUCUCCGAAGCUUUUUUUUUGCCUGACGACCUCAAUACGCAACUAUUCCCUCACUCGUAUGCGUUGGGAGCUAAACUGCAUUCCGACUCCUGGGGCUCUGAUACCCCUCAGUACACGAGUAGCUCCAAGGAGAUGGAUCAGUUCAUGUUCGACCACGACGACUUCCUCAUCCUCGUCGCUGCGGGCAAUACCGGGCCAGGAGCAGGAACCAUCGGCUCACCCGCCACCGGCAAGAACAUCCUUGCUGUGGGCGCAGGAGGCAACACGCUUGCUGCCUACGUGGAAACAUACCUCGCCAACUUCUCGUCCCGUGGGCCAACGCCAGACAGACGCUUCAAGCCAGACAUCGUGUGUCCGGGUGACAGCAUCCUGUCGGCCAGAUCCGACGGCAACCUCUCCUCUUUCCAGUGCUCCAUCAUGGUCAUGAGCGGUACCUCCAUGGCCACUCCGAUAUGUGCAGGCGCGGCAGCCCUCGUGCGCCAGUACUUCCGUGAGGGUUUCCUCUCCUCGGGAGUUCGCAACACCUCCAAUGGCAUCGCGCCCUCCGCAUCCUUGAUCAAGGCCGUGAUGAUCCAUGCGGGCCAGCCCAUGUGGUUCCUGGAGGAGUCGACGUGGAAGUUCCCUGCGUCACUCCCUCACUUCUCGCAAGGCUUCGGACGGGUGGUUCUCGACUCGGUCCUCUACCUGGGCCCUGAGACUCCCUUCAAGCUCAAAGUGUGGGACCGCGAGGUUGUGCAGAACCAGCGCGUCAGACACUUCUGCUUCCUCGCUGCCAGUCAGUCGUCUUACUCCCGCUUUCGCGCCACCCUCGUGUGGCCAGACCCUCCUGCUCCUGUCUGGAGCAAGCUCACGCUGAUGCACAACCUCAACCUCAUCGUGCAG